AUGUCGUUGAUUGAAAGGUUCAAGCUUGUGCGAAGAAAAGGACUGUGUGAUAAUUGUCUCACGAGAGGUCAUCUGGCAAGUAAUUGUCCAAAGGACAGCUUUUGCAAAGUCCAAGAUUGUAAAGAAAAGCACUCGACAUUUCUCCAUGAAAGUGUCAAACCAAACAAUGUCAAAGAAGGACAACAUUCGAAGCGAGAAAAUACGGAAAGCAAAGAAAUCGAAAACAAGGCACAAACUGGUUACGUUAAGUUAACAAAUGGCUCGAGGAGUAAAUCGGCAUCUGAUGGCACAGCUGUUGGUUUAGCUAUCGUUCCAGUCAAGGUCAAGGCUAUGGGAAGUGAUAGAACUGUUGAAACGUACGCCUUUCUCGACGGUGGAUCAAACACUUCAUUCUGCUCACAAGACCUGAUGAAAAGGCUCAAUAUCAAGGGCAAAAGAACAACACUCUCGCUAACAACAAUGGAAAAGGCAAACAGCAAAACAGAAAGUUCAAUCGUAAGUCUAGAACUCUCAGACUUGAACGGAGAAAAUCCUGUUGCUAUAGAAACUGUGUUUUCUACACCAAAUUUACCAGUGUCCACCAGAAACCUAGCUACACGAGAAGAUAUCGACAGAUGGACACAUCUAGCUAACAUUAAAAUUGAUCGAAUUGACGAAGAAAUUGGAUUGUUAAUCGGAUGCGACGUACCCGAAGUUCUAGAACCAAUUGAAAUAUGGAGGAGUAAAGGCGGUGGUCCAUACGCAACGAAAACAAUCUUUGGUUGGGUAGUUAACGGUCCAUUAGGAAGAAAUGCUUCAACAGAACACAUCGCCAAUUACUUGCAAGCAACCGAUGCCAAUCUGGAAAACCAGUUCAAAGAAUUUUGCAACAUGGAAUUCCCUGAAACGCAAGAUACAGACAAAACUACGCUAUCGAGAGAGGACCAACGAGCACUACACGUAAUGAACGAAUCCGUUACGUUGAAAGAUGGACAUUAUGAAGUCGCAUUACCUUGGAAGAAGACCACCCCCAAAUUACCAAAUAACCGAGCAAUGACAGAACGUCGUCUGAAGUUCCUAAAGAAACGGUUAGACAAAGAUUCUCAACUACUGAAGAAUUACAGCAAUUUUAUUGAUGAUCUCAUGAAGAAAGGCUACGCAAGAAAGACACCAGAAGAACGACUCACUUCUAAAAAUGACAACGUUUGGUAUCUACCUCACCACCCAGUAUUUCACCCACAGAAGCCAGGCAAAACAAGAGUCGUGUUUGAUUGUUCUGCGAAAUUCGAAGGUACUUCUCUGAAUGAUGAGCUCUUACAGGGGCCGGAUUUGACGAACUCGUUGACGGGUGUUUUGACCAGAUUCCGACAAAGUCCUGUGGCUUUUAAGGCCGAUAUUGAAGCCAUGUUCCACCAAGUGCGAACUCCACUCAAAGAUUGCGAUGUGCUACGUUUCCUAUGGUGGCCGAACGGUGACACAUCUAUUAAUCCAGACGAAUUCCAGAUGACAGUUCAUCUUUUUGGCGGUAUCUCAUCUCCAAGCUCUCCGAGCAAAUUUCUGAAGAUGCACUCCAUCGAUGGCAGAAUUGGCUAAGCAUGCUACCCGAACUCGAAAGAAUCGUUAUCGACCGUUGUUUCAAACCUACUGAUUUCGGUGAGAUCACUUCAUGCGAGCUGCAUACAUUCUCUGAUGCUUCCCAGAAAGGCUAUAGAGCUGUCACAUAUCUACGAAUACUCAACCAACGAGGAGACAUCCAUUGUUGUUUCUUGAUUGGCAAGUCUCGAUUAGCACCGUUGAAAGCUAUGACGAUCCCCAGAUUGGAACUGUCUGCGGCCGUAGUUGCGACAAGGCUCAAUAAGAUGAUCAAAGGAGAGCUCGACACGAAAGUUGAUGAAUCCGCAUUCUGGACGGACAGCACCUGCGUUUUGAAAUACAUUGGGAACGAGAGCACAAGAUUCCAAACCUUCGUAGCCAAUAGAGUAUCAAAGAUUCAAGAUGCGACUGAAUUGUCUCAAUGGAAAUACGUAAAUACCAGUUCAAAUCCGGCAGAUGACGCUUCUCGAGGAUUAACAGCAAAGGAAUUAUUGGAGGACGAACGUUGGUUGAAAGGACCGGACUUCCUCUGGAAAUCCCGCGAACACUGGCCAAAGCAAGAAGAAAUGAAGUCUGAUAUUCCUGAAUGCGAUCCAGAAGUAAGAAGAAACGCCACAACAACCUUAACGACGUCUACCAGCGUCUCAUCUGAUGAUGAUGAAUCGGCCAACGAUAUGUGUUCCCGAUUCGAGAAAUUUUCUUCCUGGAAACAGCUCAGGAAAACAAUUGCAUGGGCAAUCCGCUACGUGAAACAACUUCGAGAAACCGUACGAAAGCGAAAGAGUGGUGAAAUAAUCAACAUGUCAAAAGAAAAGAAAGCAAAACCGGUACUGUUAAAGCUUGACGAAAUGGAGAACGCUGAAAGGUUCAUCCUCAACAUCGUGCAAAUGACCAGUUUUCGAGACGAAAAGACCGCAUUGAAACAAAAGAAUGGGAACGUGAAAAAAUCUAGUCCGAUAAACAAGCUAAGUCCAGAAAUCAUCGAUGGUCUCUUGUGUGUUGGAGGCAGAUUACGUCAUGCACCACUUGAGAAUACAGCCAAGCACCAAGUCAUUCUACCUAAGCAGCACCAUGUGGCUACUCUAAUUGCUCGUCACUAUCAUCAAUUAUCUGGACACUCAGGUCUAGAAUAUGUUCUAUCCUUAACACGCCAGAAGUUUUGGAUAGUCAAAGGCCGACUCCUAGUUCGAAGGGUGGUCAACGAUUGUUUCGACUGCAGGCGCAGACAAUCACCGGUGGCAGAGCAGAAAAUGGCUGAUCUUCCGAAGAGUCGAGUAACCCCCUCAAAACCACCAUUUACUUUCACUGGUGUGGACUGUUUCGGACCAUUCAAUGUACGACGCGGGCGAAGUUUAGUUAAAAGAUACGGUGUGAUAUUUACUUGCCUGACGACACGUGCAAUUCACAUCGAAGUAGCAUCGAGUCUUGACACUGAUUCAUUUUUGAACGCUCUAAGACGAUUCGUAGCCCGACGUGGAAAUCCAGAAGAAAUCAGAUCAGAUAAUGGAGGAAAUUUUGUAAGCGGAGAGAAAGAAUUGCGAAGUUGCAUUAAAGAAUGGAACCAAGAUAAGAUACAUCAAGUUCUAUUACUGAAGAAUAUCAAGUGGAUUUUUAACCCACCGACUGCAUCCCAUCACGGCGGCGUUUGGGAGCGAUGCAUCCGUACAGUGAGGAAGGUGAUGAGAGCGCUGCUUCAUGAACAGACUCUGAACGACGAAAGCCUUCAUACGUUGAUGUGCGAAGUUGAAGCUAUCAUAAAUGGACGACCAUUAACGAAAGUUUCUGAUGACCCGAGAGACAGCGAAGCUCUAACCCCGAACCACCUGCUGCUAUUACGUGCAGGUCCCCCACUUCCACCCGGCAAAUUCGUGAAGGAAGAUUUGUACACACGGCGCAGAUGGCGACAAGUACAGUAUAUGGCAGACGUGUUCUGGCGGAGAUGGCUGAAGGAGUAUCUUCCGAUAUUGCAAGAACGACAAAAGUGGAAUCAACCGAGAAAGAACGUAGAAGUCGGCGACAUCGUGCUUCUACUUCAAGAGAAUACACCGCGUAGUUCGUGGCCGUUGGCUCGUGUGAUCGAAGUUCAUCGUAACAGAAGUGACGGACAUGUUCGAAGUAUGAAGUUGAAGACCUCUACAUCCGUGUUGGAAAGACCAAUCUGCAAGAUCGUCGUGUUGGAAGGAACGCAGUGAACAACGAAGACAAGAUGAGUAUAAGAUAACAUUUACACAUUAAUAUGACGCUAUAUUAUUAUGCAUGAGUUUUGUUUCGAACAGUUUGUUAUUAGUUUAUAAAGGCACUAGUAUACUGUACGCCUUUAAGGGGCCGGAAUGUUAGUUUGAAACGUCACUCAAGCCUCUGGGCAUGUAUUUGUUACGUCACAUGCAUAGGGGGCUCGCGUGAUAGAUCAAAUUGAACAGUCGACCGAUCAGUAAGGAUCAAUUUAUUCACGCUAACUAAGAAAACGACUCCCGAAGAAAAGAUACUGGACGCUACUUGAGGAACAAGAGGACACCAAAGUAGGAUUUAUAUAUUUAUUUGUUUGUUUAAUUUAGUUUAGAAAGCAUGCGCAUAUUAUAUUUAGACAGUAAUUUAGCAUAUUCAAGUUGA